AUGGGUAUCAUCCGACAUUCGAACAAUUUGUAUUCCAGCCCUGCCCUAUUAGUAAAGAAAAAAGACAACACCUGGAGAUUCUGUGUUCAGUACAGAGCUCUCAACCGCGUAAUGGUGCUCAACCGAUUUUGGAUGAGCUUUUGGAGGAGUUACAUUGUGCCACAGUCUUCUCCAAGCUAGAUCUAAAAUCUAGUUAUCAUCAAAUCAGAAUGAAAGAUGAGGACAUUCAAAAGACGACUUUUCACACCCAUCAAGACAACUACAAAUAUUUGGUGAUGCUAUUUAGCCUCUCAAAUACGCUCGCGACGUUUCAGUCAUUGAUGAAUAGAAUAUUUGUCCUUUUUCUUCGCAGAUUUGUUCUAGUUUUCUUUGACGAUAUAUUAGUGUUCAAUAGGUCGCAGCUAGACCAUGAAGAUCAUAUGAAGAAGGUUUUCAGCUUACUCAACGAUUAUCAAUUAACGAUCAAUACCAAGAAAUAUUUUUUUCUUUCUAGAUAA